AUGACAAAACCAUCCACAUGCAUCAUUUCAUGCACAAAACGACAACCACACUGUGUGCUUGAAAACCAAAACAAACUCACCAACAAACUCACAUCAACAACCACACGACACCCCCACACCACUCAUCAUCAUCAUCAUCGAUCAGUGGUUCAAGGCCCGCGCGCACCCAUGCUGGCGCUGUGGGAACAGCUGCACCGGCGCACCAUGGUCUUGGAGGCCGUGAUCCUGCUGCGCCUUAGCAAGCUGGUCACGCAGGUGCUCGAUGCGCAGCUCGAACACAACGGCGAUGCGGUGCAGCACGUUGUCGACUGUGUUGGGCAAUGCAGCGACAAUGUGGUUGACGGUGAGGACAGCAACGAAGGUGCUGCCACUGACCUCGGUGCAGACGCACUGACACAGGUGUCGCCUCAGCACUUGCGCACACGCCGCACACUGCCACCAACCCAUCCACAGCAGCAAGAACAAGAACAACAGCAGCAGCGCCCCCACAACCACCAGCAGCACGCACACCAACAGCGUGAAGACCAACAGCAAGAACAGCGUGAACAGCAAGAACAGCAUGGAGACCACGUGCUGCAAGUCACCCUCACAGCCGGCAGGGAACAGAAAGAAGACGUGAAGGAAGAAGAAGCAGGGGAGACGGAUACUGAAACGUGGUGGGAAACUGAAGCGGAGGAGGAUGGGCAGCACAGACAAGAGGCAACGCAAUGCCAUGACACUCCACCCCUUUCGUCAAAUGGUACUGUGAACGGUGGUGGGUCGGGAAGGAGAAUACACCAGGCACCGAGCAAAGACGGCCCGACUGUUCGUCGCGAAGACAGCGAGCAGUGCACAUCGCAGGUGCCGCCGCAUCUCUCUGUCCUCCAGCCUGCUCAGGGCUACACUCAUCCAGGCGUGACAACACCCCUACAGAUUAAAUGGACGAGCACAUGUGCCACACCCACAACCGUUACCAUCGAACUCUACCAGCUCAUCAGCAGCGAAUCACAUGAGGACACCACUCUGGAGCUUUCAUCGGUGGUGGAUGUUGGGGCCUCGCUGCACUUGGACUGGGACGUGACACCAUGGGAGCGUGAUGGCGUCCAGAGCGUCGCCGUUGCGCUAUGGCAUGUCAAGGAUCACGUGGCGACAAAGUGCUUGGACGUGCUUGGACACGCGCAGUUGCACGGGACACACGAGGCUCCCCUUCCUCUCCAAAUUUCACCCAGCAUCUACUACACGGUCACCGUGACUGCGAGUAGUUUUGACGCUGCACGCCAGCAGCAGACACAACAGCAACGACGACAACAACAACACCACCAGCAGCACCACCAGCAGCAUCGUGUAGCGUCGGAGUUUUUCGAGAUCCGUGCGCCACAGGAGGAAGUGCAGCCUGUUGAUGUGGCUGCCUCCUCCUUGCUGGAACCAGGCGCUGCCGUGCGCGUGUGUCUGACAACCACACACAGUGCACUGCUGGACGCGUCCACGUUUGCUGACGAGAGCACCGACGUCAGAGAAAGGUCCCACAACCACGACGUUGUGGCGCAGAGCAGUGCAGGUGGUCAUGGAGAUGGUAGGGAUGGGGACGAUGAGCAAACGCACGCGAAAGGGGUGGGAAGUGAUGACGGCGAAGACAGCAGAGCAGCGCUCAGUGGUGCAGAGUGUCAAACCGGGUUGAUGUGGGGCACACCAUCAGGCCUAUGCCACGACAAGGUGGUUGGCGGUGCAAGCACGUGCGACGAUGGUGCUGUGCAACAAACAGCAGGCAGCAUCAAAUGUGUGUUUGACAGCGAGGAAGUUGACUGCCGGGGCAUGCGAGGCGUUGUCGCAAACGUUCGCGACGACAGCGUGCUGGUGCACUUUGCUGCGUUUUCGUCAUGGGUUCCCCGCAGUGACCUGCUUCUCAUCCUCCAUGCCUCCCCAGAGAAAAACAGUGACACCACCACUGAUAGCAACAGUGACACCAACAGCAAUAGUCACACCAACAGCAACAGCAACAAAGAUAGCGACCACAGCAGUCAGCUCGAAGCUGGAGGCAACGUCAACAACACUGCAUAGGUUGCGGUGCACACUCCGAGUUGUUUCGCUUUGUGGUCUGUGACCACCGCUCCUUCUCCCCUCACGGUCUGGUUUGGUUAGGAAGAGCAUGUUAUGUAGGUGGUGUGCAAUGCCUGGGUAGGUCGUGACGCAUUCACUCUUAAAACGCAGUUGCGUUUGGGUGUCGCUCAGCGGUGAGAACGGUUGCUUGGUGCGGCGUGAUGUUGUGCGCUGGUGUCGUGUAACUAACAACAAUGUUAAGUGCUGCAGUGAUGUGCCAUGAAUGAAGGAAGACAAGGGUUGUUUAUCAUCGACAGUGAAAGCCUACACAAUCGA